AUGUCAGGAGAGGUGAAGACAGACGGUUUGCCCCUGAGUCCUCUGGGCACGGCAGCUGGCCCUGAGCCAGAGCUGCUGUGUAUCUUCGGGACGGGGGACCUGGGGCGUUCUCUGGGCCAGCGUCUGCUCCAGACUGGCUACAGGGUCGUGUAUGGCAGCCGCAGACCUCACAGCUGUGGCCCUGUGCCUCAGGGAGCUCAGGUGCGGAGCCAUGAAGCAGCUUCACAAUCAGCCAGGCUGGUCUUUAUUUGUGUUCACAGAGAGCACUAUGACUUCCUGCAGACACUGGCACCUCAGCUGAAAGGAAAGGUGUUGGUAGACCUCAGUAACAACCUGAAGAAAGACAUCUACCCAGAAGCAAAUGCUGUCUACCUGCAGAGACUGGUCCCUGGAGCUGCUGUGGUGAAAGGCCUCAACACGCUGUCUGCCUGGACCUUGCAGAAUGGACCUCUGGCUGGAAAACAGGUGUUCCUGUGUGGAGACAGUGCCGAGGCGAAGCAGGCGGUUUCAGAUGUGGCCACCAGGUUGAGCCUCAGUGUUGUGGACCGGGGCUCUCUGUCAGCAGCCAGGGAGCUGGAGGAUUUCCCCCUGCGGCUGUUUCCAGAGUGGAGGCUGCCGCUACGUGUGGCCUUAGGCCUCACUGCCUUCUUCUUCUUCUACCUGCUCAUCAGGGACGUUAUCUAUGCAUAUGUCGAAAAGGGCAACGACAUUUCCUUCAGAAUCAUGGUGUCCCUGGCCAACAAGGUGUUCCCCAUUGUGUCUCUGAUCAUGUUGUCUCUGUGUUACCUGCCUGGUGUUCUGGCCUCCUUCUUCCAGCUGUACAGAGGGACCAAGUACAGGUGCUUCCCUGAUUGGCUGGACCGCUGGAUGCUGUGCAGGAAGCAGCUGGGCCUGGUUGCACUUGGUUUCGCCUUUCUACAUGCCAUCUACACAUUCAUUAUCCCCAUUCGCUACGCUGUCAGACACAAACUAAUCUCACUGGUGGUGGAUGAGAUGAAGAACAAUAAAAGCACUCCAUUUGACUUUGAUAAAACUGAAGCCUGGGCCACAGACUCUUUCUAUGUGAUGGGAAUCCUGGGUUUCUUUCUGUACGUCCUGCUAGGAUUGUCAUCCCUGCCCUCUGUGGGAAGCGCUCUCAGCUGGAGAGAGUUUACCUUCAUUCAGUCCAAGUUGGGCCACCUGACUCUGGUCAUAUGCACAGUGCAUGGUUACAUCUACGGCUGGAACAAAUUUCUUCGUCCCUCUACCUACAAAUGGUGGACCCCUCCCGGCUACAUGCUGUGCCUGGUGGUGCCUUCAAUUGUGUUGGUGUUGAAGCUGCUGCUCCUCCUCCCCUGUGUGGACCGCACCGUCACCCGCAUACGGCAGGGCUGGGAGAGGACUGAGCCAGGGGAGGAGAGGGAUGAGAUCAAGGCCACCAACCUGUGA